GACUAGUGAACUGUGAGCUUAUGGAGAUUAUCAGCCAGCCGAGCAUCAAUCCCGCAUCUGCUGUAUGACAUACACACAUACAUCGUGGAAUAUGUGUACUCUAAAAUGGAACAAGCUACCUGUAAUGUCGACAUUGAGGUUAGGCGUAGAGUUCUAGGUAAACAGGGGAAAUCAAUCGACGAAGUCGUGAGGCUACAAAGACUGAGAUGGUUAGGACAUGUGUUACGUAUGCCAAGUCAUCGCCUCCCUCGACGAGCAAUGCUAGCGGAUAUAGGGUCAGGCUGGAAAAAAGCUAGCGGCGGUCAAACAAAAACUUGGCACCAGUCAAUGAAAUCCACAACAGUUGGUCUAAGCCACGUAGGAAGGUGUAGAGUUUCAGGCCGGGGUCCUCGGGACGGUAAAAAUCUAUGGUUGGAAACAAUUGGUGACAUGGCUCAAAAUCGUUCUCAGUGGCGCAGAUGCAUCCAUUCCUUGUGACUUAUGAUCUCCAAUGAAACUGUUUUGUUCUUCGUUAUUACUAUUCCUUUGUCUCACACCUCUGCUCACUGU